AUUACCAUGGCGGCUCUCGUGUCUGCGGCUGCGAUGCGAUCCCGGAUCCUGCAGAUUUCUUCCAAGGUGAACUCCACUUGGUACCCAGCAUCUUCCUUCUCUUCUUCAGUGUCAACAGUCAAGCUCUUCAUCGAUGGGAAAUUUGUUGACUCCAAAAGUGACAAAUGGAUUGACAUCCACAAUCCAGCCACCAAUGAGGUCAUUGGUCGGGUUCCUCAGGCCACCAAGGCUGAAAUGGAUGCAGCCGUUGCUUCCUGCAAACGUGCAUUUCCCGCAUGGGCAGACACUUCAAUAUUAAGCCGUCAGCAGCUCCUGCUCCGCUAUCAGCAACUUAUUAAAGAUAACUUGAAAGAAAUUGCCAGGUUAAUCACGUUGGAACAAGGGAAGACCCUCGCAGAUGCUGAAGGAGAUGUAUUUCGAGGCCUUCAGGUGGUUGAACAUGCAUGCAGCGUGACAUACCUCAUGCUGGGAGAGACCAUGCCAUCCAUCACUAAAGACAUGGACCUUUAUUCCUACCGUCUGCCUCUGGGAGUAUGUGCAGGCAUCGCCCCCUUCAAUUUUCCUGCCAUGAUCCCCCUGUGGAUGUUCCCCAUGGCCAUGGUGUGUGGGAAUACCUUCCUGAUGAAGCCGUCAGAGAGAGUCCCUGGAGCAACUAUGUUUCUUGCUAAGUUGCUGCAGGACGCUGGUGCCCCUGAUGGAACACUGAACAUCAUUCACGGACAGCAUGAUGCUGUAAAUUUUAUCUGUGACCAUCCGGAUAUCAAAGCCAUCAGCUUUGUAGGCUCCAACCAGGCAGGAGAGUACAUCUUCGAGAGAGGGUCGAAACAUGGCAAGAGAGUUCAAGCCAACAUGGGAGCCAAGAACCAUGGCGUAGUCAUGCCUGAUGCCAAUAAGGAAAAUACUUUGAAUCAGCUGGUUGGGGCAGCUUUCGGAGCUGCUGGCCAGCGUUGCAUGGCUCUUUCCACGGCAAUCCUGGUGGGAGAAGCUAAGAAAUGGCUGCCUGACUUAGUGGAACGUGCCAAAAACUUGAAAGUCAAUGCAGGAGACCAGCCUGGAGCAGAUCUUGGCCCUCUGAUCACCCCGCAGGCCAAAGAGCGAGUCUGUAAUCUGAUUGAUAGUGGAACAAAGGAGGGAGCUUCCCUUCUUCUUGAUGGUCGAAAAAUUAAAGUCAAAGGCUAUGAAAAUGGCAACUUUGUUGGCCCAACCAUCAUCUCAAAAGUCAAGCCAAAUAUGACCUGUUACAAAGAGGAGAUUUUUGGUCCAGUGCUUGUGGUUCUGGAAACAGAAACUCUGGAUGAAGCCAUCAAGAUUGUGAAUGACAACCCAUAUGGGAACGGAACAGCCAUCUUCACCACCAACGGGGCCACCGCUCGGAAAUACUCGCACCUGGUAGAUGUCGGACAGGUGGGUGUCAAUGUCCCCAUUCCAGUGCCUUUGCCAAUGUUCUCAUUCACUGGCUCUCGCUCUUCGUUUAGAGGCGACACCAAUUUUUAUGGCAAACAGGGCAUCCAGUUCUAUACUCAGCUAAAGACAAUCACUUCUCAGUGGAAAGAAGAGGAUGCUACUCUUUCCUCACCUGCUGUCGUCAUGCCUACCAUGGGCCGUUAGGAGCAAGAUAGAUCCAGACUCAAUCCAUCCUGAGUGUUCUCCUGUACUCUUCAUUUGCCAACUUUGCACAAAUCAGAUUCCUGAGAUCAGAGUAUCUUAUAACUAAAAUCUUUCUCAGGACCAUUAGUCCCCGCAAAGUUGCUCAAGGGAGACACCCAGUAUAACUUUGAUAUCAGAUUUUCCCUUGUUCUUUCUUUUUCUUCUUUUUUUUUUUUUUUAAGGUAAUGAUUAUAACAGUGAAAUGCUUAUCUGGAAUGAGAACUUAAACCUGUUUUCUAAAAGUUCUCCUCUCUUCUGUUGCCUUGGAGGAAGGGAAGAUUGGUAGACAUAAAAGAACUUCCAACAGUUGGAAGAGGACCUCAAUAUGAGGAACUGUAUUUUGGUCAACUCACAAACACAGUCCUACAUAGGUGCCGGUGGGAGAAAGCCCUCGUGCUAACCCUUCCCGAGCUGCUCAUUUAUCCCAUAGUACACAGAAUUCAUGUCCACUUAUCCCAAAUGGGACAACUGCUUCUCUCUCCUGCUGAAUGCCACUUUGUCUUAAUGUUUCAUGACCACUGAUAUGCCUCUGUCAUCGUACCUGCUACUCAAGGAUACAUACCUCAGUCUGUGCUGGUAAACAGCUUUUUAUGUGUGUGUGCCAAUGGUUACAUUUCAGAUUUGAUGAACAAGUAAUAAUUCAGAUGCACAUAGGGAUUUCUUUCUCUCUUUUCCUUUCCUUUCUUUUCUUGGAAAAACUAUUUCAAACUUUAUUUUAGGCCUAGACACCUAAGGGUGUUUCAGCCAUCAGAGUGGGCAAGUAUCUUGUCUUCCUCAAGUCUAACCAAAACAUUACUUGCUGGAUUUUUUAUGUUCCUCCUCCUGCCUGCAUUUCUCCUUAGUGAUAUUUUUUAAAUUAUCACUAAGAAUUCUAUGAAAGAAUGCUUAAUGUACAGUAAUUUAUUAGGCUCUAAGAAAAUUCAAAACUUUGGCAUAAAGUAGUCAAAAUGAAAUUCUUUGGCAGGUUCUUCUGUCAAGAAUUCAACUGUCUUUAUGCUUUUUAUUUCAUUGGUACAGCUAAACAGUAAGUCACGAUAGAACUUGAUGUGCUGAGCAAAAUAGAUUCUCUCCUUUUGUCCCACCUGUCUUUCUGCUUUUACUCAGUGAUAUAGGAGAAGAAGCCUGCUGGCUCCAAGAGUCAACUCAGGCCCUCAGCCAGAGGACACAGAUCAUUCAUUUUUCUGUUUCUUUAUUAGUUAUGCGGAUAAUACUAACUUACUCCAUGGGGGUUAUUCAGUGAAUCAAGAAUAGUGAAAAUUAUGAAAACAUCUGUGCACUCUGUGGAUUUUAGGCUGAUUGUUACCACCUGAUGGAUAAAAUUCAGAAUUAUCAAUGAAGUGACUGGAACUCUAAUAAAAUAUAUUUAUGACUCUUCUAA